GACAGUCAGCUGUUGUAUGUUAUGUUUGUGUAUAAAUUCUAUAUUUAUAUUUUCAAAAAAUGAAUGAAGAGAUAGACGACAGUGAAUUUUAUCAUCAAGAUUUCACAACUGCCUCAGAAUGGGAGGUUUUUAUGGCAAGAAUGGAAGAAAUUAUCAAUCAGUGGAAGUUGGAUGAUACUAGAAAUGAAUCCGCAACAGAUAGAUGCAGCAUAUGGAAUAUAAAAAGCGAAAAACUACAAUUUGCAGACGCCGAAUUUGUCUUGUAUUUAUAUUCCAAACAGAUAGAAAAUUCUGAUACAUCAGAUAUUAAUGAUAAUAGUGACAAACCUAAAAAUCCUUUAGAUACUUCUUACGAUUUCGAGUUAUACAGUGAAUCAAAUAACGAAGAACAUUCCAUUUUAUUUACUUGGUAUGGACUCAAUGAAUACUUGGUACUGUCUCCUACAAAUUCUGCUGGAAUCACAUCUGAAAGUAAAAUUAAAAUUCUACUGAGUUCUGCUUAUAUUGUAUCCAGCAAUUUAUUAUCAUCAGCAAAUGUGAGCUGCCAAAGGCCAAUUUUUAUACAGAUAAGAGAAAAGUGGCAAAAAUGUUAUCUAGGAGUAUUCGAAAACGAAAUAAUGAGAACUAAUUUUGAAAUGGUUCAUUUAAAAGCAGGCCCAUCGUGUUAUUACUACUUACAUGGAAUUUUAGAUUUGUUUACAUCUAAAAUAAUGUCUCCUUGUAAUAUUGAUGACAUUAGUAUAUCUUCAAGAAAUACAUAUCUUUUAUCUGAUUUUGGUAAUUAUGUUUGGAAACAAGAUUUACUUAACGAAAGUUAUGAAUCAGAUACCCUCUGUAUUUUACCAUUUGGAGUAACUGUUGAUCCUGUGAAUGCUAUAGUUUUGAAUACAACUUGGAACCAUCUGUCCCAAAUUGUUAUUAUCGAUAGAGAAAAUCACAGUAGUUUCUCUCCGAUGAAUGCUAUGCAGUGGUCAGUUUUGAUAAAAACUACUGCAGAACCAGUUUGUUUAUUGGCAGAUGCGGUUGCUGAAUUCUUUCAGAAUUUCAACAACCAAAACACCAUGUAUGAAGUAUUGGGAGAUUUUGCCUCUUUACCCAGUGCUGACACAAAUCCAUUAGAUCUUCUCACAGAACCUGCUGUCCCAUCAAUAUCAAGGUUAUUAACCAGAGCAGGAAGACCGGCGUUGUCCCGAUCGAGGAAAGGUGCAAAUCCACCUCUUACAGAAUCAAUUUUAGUACCAUUAUUGUACUUUUUGUUUCCCGAUGCUGAUGAAAAAACAGCUUCUCCUUAUGGUAAAGAAGAUAAGGAAUCUUCAGAUGUGGAUUGUUCUCAAGUGUUUUUCAAAAAGAUCGAUGAAGAAUUCAAAGGUUACAAAACUUGUAAUGUGGAUUCUCUUCCGUGGAGGUUGUCUAUAGUAUUGGCUCAUUGUCUUCAAAGUCUCGGUGGAUUGAAAGCUUUCGCUCACAUCUGGUACGAGUUUGUUCAAGAAAUGAGGUAUCGUUGGGAGAAAUCGCUUCCUAUACCCGGAUUAUCUCCAGGUUUAGACGUAAGAACGUGUUUGCUGCAUCAAAAACUUCAAAUGUUGAAUCAUUGCAUAGAAAGGAAAAUAACGAGAGAAAACGCCCAACAACCCAUGUACGAAUCAGCAGAAGACUCGUCCACAGAUGACGAAUUCUACGAUUGUUCGUCCGAAAAACCUCCCGAAGAGAAAAGUAAAGAGAAACAAUCUCUAUGGAAUCAACCCGUCGGAAGAUUGUGCAAAUGUGGAAAUUUGAAAUUGUUGAAAACCGGAAACACUCUGUAUAUUCCCGUAACGCAGGAACAGGCACUGAAAACUGAAGACCAAGUGCAAGAACAUUCCGAUUUUCUCCUUAACCUCGGUUCAAACGCGGAAGCAACAGAAAUAAGAGCCAGAUUGAUGAGCGCUUCGUUACUUUCCGAUAUGGAAUCCUUCAAAGCAGCCAAUCCUGGAGCCGUAGUCGAGGACUUUAUAAGAUGGUAUUCACCUGCCGAUUGGAUAGAAGAAGACGAAUUGGAUCAGUGGGGUCAAAAAGUGGGACAUUUAAGUUCGAGAAUGCUCAUCGCUGAAAAUAAUAUCUGGAUGGAAACAUGGGAAUCCGCAAAACCAGUACCGGCGCAUAGGCAGAAGAGAUUGUUCGACGAUACGAGGGAAGCCGAAAAGGUUUUGCAAUUUUUGGAUUUGAGAUCGAUCGCACAGAUUUGUGAAUUGAUUAUUCCGAUUCUAACGCACGCCGCCAUCUACAGAUUAAUAGAAGAAUGUCAGACGUUCGCUCAAGACCACCAAGAACUUUCUUCUAAAAUAACGAAACUAAUACGUAUCGGAGAACAUCUCACGCGGGAACAAAAGGUGCAGUUGCGUCGAUUCGAAUCCUUCAUCCACGAAAUUACAUCACUAGAAUUGCUCGUUUCUCAAAUGAAUUCCCUCCAUUACAAAUUGAAUCCAUCGAGGGCAGUCAACGAACGUAUCAACGAUAUAGUUGUCCAUCUGGUAUCGGGCGACGAAGUCGUAUUGGAGGAUAUGAGUGAAUCGGAAGUCGGAAGUAGAAUAGUAUCCAUGUUCGCGGAAGCGCAAAAAGCGAUUCCCGGUGACGAUAAAGAAGUGAAUAAAAUGUCGUUUCCAUCGCCGGCCGUUAGGGAAUUCGUUCUGCGCGCCAACGCCGUCAAACCCGCCGUGCAUUCGGCGAAAUGUCCGCAGUUUUUGAGAGCUGUGUUGAGUAAAGAUGAAUUUAGGUUAUGCGGGGCUUUUUCGGAAGAUACGGUCUUCUUUUAGGAUCAUUUUUCUAUUUAAAAAAAAUUUAUUAACACGUUCACAGACGUACAUAACAUUUCGGUCGUUUAGAGGUUACAUACAUGAAAAUAUUAUCACAGAGUCAAUUUUCUUUCCAUUUAGAUUAAUUUUGGUUUUUGAUUUUGAAAAAAAAAAUAGUUUUUUCAUAUAUUUUAUAUUUGUUUUUAUCAGGUUUAUUACUGUCUUGUCUUAUAUAUAUUAUCCUAUCAUCAUUCUGAUCAUUUCUAGAUAUUUUUUUUGGUAUCCUUUUUUCUGAUUAUUUUCGACCUUUUUUUUUUGUUACAAGUUUCAGGAUGUUACAAUUAAUAUUUAUCCUUUUACGAUUUUUAUUAUCUUUUAUUCAAAUCCGUAAUCAUUUCUCUUUUAAAUCAUUUUAAGAAUGUUAGCCUCAAUUUUUAUUUUCUUUUAUUUAUUUAUUCAUGUUUUGGUUAUUAAUGUCCUUCUGCUUCUUAUAUUUUCAUAGGAUAGUCAUUUUGCUCCUGCCAAUUUUCUUUGUAUCAUUCUCUGUUGAUUUUUCUAUAAAGUAACGUUCUCAAAAUAUCUAUUCAAUCUCCUUUUUUAUUUCUUUGUAUUCUUCCUAGAUCUUCUUCCACUUUACCUCCUCAUUUUCUGUAUUUCUAUCUAUUUCUGCCAACUUUAAUCGAACUAUUAUCGUCAUUUUACAAUAUUAGAUGGAUUCUUUUUCUUUCCGAAUUUUUCUAUGAUUUAAUUAUUAUUAUUAUCCUGCAAAUUUUUACAUUUUCAUUCCUUGGUCUUGUUUCAGGAUAAUCAUUCCAUUUCUGCCAAUUUCCAUUUUUGUCUUCGUCAUUAUUUUGAAGUAUUUAAUGGCUAUUGACUCAAAUCUUGAAUUUUACUCAUUUUUUAUUAUUUUUCUUCUACUUUGAUCCACUUCACAUUUUGUACAUCAGUCAUUUUGUCCUUUUUCAGCUAAUUUCAUCAAGUUUUAAUAAGUUAUGUUCCUUCAAUAAUUUUUCGACCACUCUUUUUAUUUAUUUCUAUUCUUUUCGACUCUUUAUCCACUUUUUCAUCCUAUUCCUGCCAAUUUUGAUUAAAUCAUGUCAAUGAUCUUCGUUUUUUGGGAACAUUUAUAUUUCUUGGUAUACUUGUUCGUCUUUUUACUAUUCCAAAUUUUUAAUCAUCAUUUUCCUAUAUUUCACCUUUUCCUAUUUCACAUUUUGUUCACCUGUCACAUGUCAACAAUUUUUCAAAUAUUUUCCUACAAUUUCUAUUACUAAAUAUCUUUAUUUAGUAUUUAUUCAACCUCCCUUUUUAUUUAUUUCUAUUUUUUCUCGUUUUAAUUUACUUCCUCUUUUAAUUAUAUGCAUUCCUUCUAAUUUCUGUCGACUUUUAUUUUGUUCAAUUAUCAUCCUCUUCUUUCUCAAUUUUCUCAUGAUUUAGUUACUAUUAUCAUGUUCCUACCAUUUACAUUUUCAUUUUUUGUCCUAAUUUCUUCAUUUUUUAGUCUUCUAAUGUCUCUGAAACUUUUUUUCCAAUUUAUUUUUUAUUAUCAUAAUUUUUAAGCAACACAGUCUCUUUUGUAGAUCUUCUUUCACAUGCUCUAUUUAUUAAUCCAUUGUAAUUUUUUUUAUUCUUAUAUCAUUUAUAAUUCAUGACAAUUGUUUAAUUCAUUUCAUCCUUUCUUACCAUUCGGUCGUUCUAAUUGCUUUUGAUUCAAAAUUUGAUGUUUCUACUUCUUAUUUUUUAUUGUUAUUGUUUGUUUUCACUACUUCAUCAUCGUUAAAUAUUUAAUCAAUGGUAUCCACUUUUUUAUCACCUUCUAUUACUAGUAUUUUUUUUAUUUCCUGUUCUGAAUUAUUUUUUUUUUUCAAAAUCUUUUAUUGUUAUAAUUAUUUUAGUUAGUUUUUAUCCAUUUUCAUUGCAUCAUCAUCAUCUUAGAAAAAAUUAGCUGAUGAAUAUAACUUUGGAUGCAAUUUAUUCAUCUCAUUGUUUCGUAACUAACUCCUUUAAUUGCUUCUUGGUCCCUAUCUUUAUCCAGAUUUCCUUUCCUCUCUGUAUAUUCUAUCAAUGAUUAUUAUAGUCAAACUAUCUAAAAAUGUUAGAAUCAAAGUUUUUUUAUUACCUUUUCAUGCCAAAAAAAGAAAUUCUGUAGACUUAGAAUGGAUGAUGUAUCAUAUCAUUAACAAAUCUUCCAAAUUAUAUUUUGACAUUCAACUUGACACAAAUUUGGAGUGUAUGAUUUUGUAAAACGAAAUCGAAUCAAAUUUUGUCAAUUUAUGGAACAUAUUUAUAAAUAUUUUAUUGGUGAUUGUAUAAUUAAUUAUGUUAAAUAAAAGUUUUAAUAUAAACAAA